CAAAAAUGGUUCGGUUUAUGCAUAAUUCGCGAAUUCACGAAAUAAAGUGUUCUAAAAGUGACAGCGCACCAGCGAGGAACCAAACGGUAGGGUUGUAGUUUUUUUUGCCAUUUUUAAAUUUGCAAAAGCCGUUGGUACCAGGUAAUGAUCCAUGUUAUAUUUAAAUUGGUUUUAAUGUAUUUGAAUUUCUUCUAUUUGAAUUUACUUUAUAUUUCAACAAAUCCACUUUCCAGUGUCUAAAUCAUGGAUAUGCCACUUAUACUUUUUGAUCUAAAAAAAUCAUAACCCUAGUAAACAGCUGUUUGCAAAACGUGGCGUUGCAGUACUUGCGCUUCACGAUUUCAUGAAAUCAUGUCGAAAUUCAUGGAUAGUUUUUGUGUAUAAUUGAAUUCAUGAAAUUGUAUUUAUGCAGCCAAUUAUAACCGAAAUUCAUGAAAUUAUUUCGUGAAUUUGCGUACGCAUAAACGUAGUUAGAGUUCGUCCUAUUUUAAAAAGUGAGGCGUGUACUCUCCGAUGUGAAACCUGGUUAUUUACGUGCACUCAUUCCUGAUGACGCACCAGAAACACCAGAAAGAUGGGAAGAUGUUAUGAAGGAUAUUGAACGCGUUAUAAUGCCUGGUGUCACGCAUUGGCACAGCCCUAAAUUUCACGCUUAUUUUCCAACUGCGAAUUCAUAUCCAGCUAUAGUAGCCGACAUGUUAAGUGGCGCGAUUGCCUGCAUUGGAUUUUCAUGGAUUGCUAGUCCCGCAUGCACGGAAUUGGAAGUCGUAAUGUUGGAUUGGUUGGGCAAAAUGGUAGGCUUACCAAAGGAAUUUUUAGCCAGUUCUGGAGGCAAAGGCGGUGGCGUUAUACAGGGAACAGCUAGUGAGGCAACGCUUGUUGCUCUCUUGGGUGCAAAGGCUAAAAAAAUUGAGGAAAUAAAGAAACAGCACCCAGAUUGGAGUGAAAAUACAAUUAUUUCAAAGCUGAUCGGUUACAGCUCAUCUCAGUCACAUUCUUCAGUGGAGCGUGCCGGCAUGUUGGGUGGUGUUAGAUUGCGUGGCGUGCCAGCUGAUGAAAAUAAUAGGCUUCGCGGUGAUGCUUUGGAAGCAGCCAUAAAAAAGGAUUUGGAGGAUGGGCUCAUACCAUUUUACGCUGUCGUUACCCUGGGUACCACCAAUUCAUGUGCUUUCGAUCACUUAGACCAAUGUGGUCCUGUUGGCAAUAAAUACGGCGUUUGGAUACAUGUGGACGCUGCCUACGCUGGCGCCGCUUUCAUUUGCCCUGAGUAUCGUCACCUGAUGAAAGGCAUUGAAACAGCCGAUUCUUUCAAUUUCAAUCCACAUAAAUGGAUGCUGGUGAAUUUUGAUUGCAGCGCUAUGUGGCUAAAGGACCCCAGUUGGGUGGUGAACGCUUUCAACGUGGAUCCCUUGUAUUUGAAGCAUGACAUGCAAGGUUCAGCUCCCGACUACAGACACUGGCAAAUUCCGCUUGGUCGCCGUUUCCGUGCGUUGAAAUUGUGGUUCGUACUUCGCUUAUAUGGUGUGCAGAAUCUGCAAGCGCACAUAAGACGUCAUUGUGGUUAUGCUACGCAGUUUGCCAAUCUUUGCCGAGCCGAUGAACGAUUCGAGAUUGUCGGUGACGUAAAUAUGGGUCUUGUAUGUUUCCGUUUAAAGAGUUCUAACGCAGUGAAUGAGAAGCUAUUAAAACAUAUAAAUGGACGCGGUAACAUCCACAUGGUCCCAAGUAAAAUAAAUGAUGUAUACUUCUUGCGCAUGGCUGUUUGUUCCAGAUUUACUAAGCCAGAGGACAUGGAUUAUUCUUGGAAAGAAGUGAGCGCAGCUGCUGAUGAUAUCUGCGAAAAAUAAGAAAAAAUAACUAUUGCAUUAAUAAUGAAGACUUAGAAUUUGCAAAAAAAAAAUGACUCGUUUAGGGAACGAACCUGAAGAUGUACUUCAAUAGGUUCAACAACAACGAACGCUGUGUACUUUCUAUAUAUUCCAUUAGAUGUUAGAUAUUACAUUGUAUUAUUAUAUUAUACUUGUUGAAAUUAUGGCCAAAAACUGUAUUAUCAAAUCUUUUAGCAGUUUUGCAUUGUUGUUGUGUUAUUUGCUAAUAUGUAAGCUAAUUUAUGUAAGUUGUUUUUUCCAAACUCAAGUUCAUUAAUGUGAAUAAAACUGAGCUAAAAAUA